AUGGCGUCUCUCGCACCACCCCAGUUGCGCGUCGACACCCGCAAUCACCGCGGGAAUGAAAACGACGACGCUAUAACCCCGUCGCCGAUAUCGACACAUUCAAACCCGUUUCUCACACCAGCAAUCAGCGCUGCAACAAGUAUGCAUUCGACUGCCUUGACGGAAGACCCGGAUAGUGCUCUUCACCCCGAUCCCGGGACGGAAGGCGACUUCGUUGUCGAUAACAACCCAUUUGCUUUUAGCCCUGGGCACCUCAACAAACUUCUCAACCCAAAAUCUUUGGCAGCUUUCUUCGCACUCGGCGGCCUGCGCGGUAUCGAAAAGGGUUUACAGACAGACGUCAAGGCCGGUCUAUCCCAAGAUGAGGUGGGGGUCCGGGGUCUAGUUAGCUUCCAAGAGGCCACCGGUCACCAGGAGCCCUCCUUCGCCACAUCCGGUGCACAGCCAUCAGCCACAACACACCACGCCGAUGCCAAUAGUUUCACGGACCGAACCCGAGUUUAUGGCAAAAACGUCCUACCUGCCAAGAAGGCGACACCCUUGUGGAAGCUCAUGUGGGGUGCCUACAACGACAAAGUUAUCAUUUUGCUUACCGUUGCCGCCGCCAUUUCGCUGGCCCUUGGACUUUAUGAGACUUUCGGCGCCGAACACGACCCCAAAGAUGGUCAACCGGUUGAUUGGGUCGAAGGCGUAGCGAUUAUCGUAGCUAUUCUUAUCGUUACGCUGGUUGGAUCUUUGAAUGACUGGCAAAAGGAACGGGCCUUUGUCAAGCUCAACGCUAAAAAGGAGGACCGAGAGGUCAAGGUUAUUCGAUCCGGCAAGUCUUUCAUGUUGAAUAUCGCAGAAAUUCUGGUCGGCGAUGUCAUUCACCUCGAACCUGGUGAUCUCGUUCCCGUGGACGGUAUCUUCAUCAGCGGUCAUGAUUUGAAGUGUGACGAGUCCUCGGCGACGGGCGAAUCCGACGCCCUCAAGAAGACUGGCGGCGAUGCCGUCUUCAACGCCCUGCAGGCCGGAAACGCAUCCAAGGAUCUUGACCCUUUCAUCAUCUCUGGCGCCAAGGUUCUGGAGGGCGUUGGCACCUUUGUCUGCACGUCCGUCGGCACCAACUCCAGCUUCGGGAAGAUCAUGAUGUCGGUUCGCACCGAGAUGGAGGCGACACCUUUGCAAAAGAAACUCGAGGGCCUCGCCAUGGCUAUUGCCAAGCUUGGAAGCAGCGCUGCUGGUCUGCUAUUCGUCGUCCUCCUCAUCCGCUUCCUUGCCGGCCUCGGCUCUAACAAUAGCACCGGUGCUGAGAAGGCGUCCACCUUCAUGGAUAUUUUGAUUGUCGCCAUCACGAUCAUCGUUGUUGCUGUCCCUGAAGGACUCCCGUUGGCUGUCACUUUGGCUUUGGCAUUUGCAACCACCCGUCUUCUCAAGGAAAACAACCUGGUCCGUAUCCUGAGGGCAUGCGAGACGAUGGGUAACGCCACGACAAUCUGCUCCGACAAGACUGGUACCUUGACGACGAACAAGAUGACUGUUGUUGCCGGCACUUUCGGCUCUGCUAGCUUUUCCAAGUCAGUUGAGGGAGAGAAGACCAUCAGCGCCGUCGAGUUUGCUCAAUCACUUCCUGCAGCUACCAAAAAGCUCAUCAUUCAGUCCAUCGCUAUCAACUCAACCGCCUUUGAGGGGGAGGAGGAAGGUCAAGCUACCUUCAUUGGUUCCAAGACAGAGACUGCCCUUCUUCAGUUCGCCAAGGAUCACCUCGGCAUGCAGGGACUGGCCGAGACUCGCGCCAAUGAGGAAGUGGCUCAGAUGAUGCCUUUCGACUCCAGCAAAAAGUGCAUGGGUGCCGUCAUCAAGCUACCCGGUCACGAAGGAUACCGCCUUGUGGUCAAGGGUGCCUCUGAGAUUCUGCUCGGAUACUGCAGCCAACAAGUCAACGUCAACGAUCUCUCCAUCUCGACUCUACAGCAGUCUGAUCGCCUCAACCUCGAGGCGACGAUUGACGUCUACGCCAAGCAGUCCCUUCGCACCAUUGCCCUCAUCUACCAAGACUUCCCUCAAUGGCCUCCUCAUGGCGUCAACGCAACCAUUGAGGGGCAUGUCGACCUCGGCGAUGUCCUCCAUGACCUUGUCUUUGCCGGCGUUGUUGGUAUCCAGGACCCGGUCCGCCCCGGUGUCCCCGAAGCUGUUCGCAAGGCCCAGCACGCUGGUGUCGUUGUUCGUAUGGUUACUGGUGACAAUGCCGUUACUGCUCAGGCCAUUGCGACCGAAUGUGGCAUCUUCACGGAGGGCGGCCUCAUCAUGGAAGGCCCCGUCUUCAGAAAGCUUUCCGUCGAGCAGAUGAACGAGACGCUACCCCGUCUGCAAGUCCUUGCCCGCUCUUCACCGGAAGAUAAGCGCGUCUUGGUCACCCGCCUCAAGGCUCUCGGUGAGACCGUUGCUGUUACUGGCGACGGUACCAACGAUGCGCCUGCGCUGAAGGCUGCUGAUGUUGGCUUCUCAAUGGGUAUCUCUGGUACUGAGGUCGCCAAGGAGGCAUCUUCCAUUGUCUUGAUGGACGACAACUUCACCUCGAUUGUCACGGCCUUGAAAUGGGGAAGAGCAGUGAACGACGCCGUGCAGAAAUUCCUUCAGUUUCAAAUCACAGUCAACAUCACCGCUGUUCUCCUCGCCUUCAUCACCGCCGUCUCCGAUCCCAACAUGGAAUCCGUCCUCACCGCCGUCCAGCUCUUGUGGGUCAACCUCAUUAUGGACACCUUCGCCGCCCUCGCGCUCGCCACGGACCCCCCGACCGAGAAGAUCCUCGACCGCCUGCCGCAGGGCAAAAAGGCACCCCUCAUCACCAUCAACAUGUGGAAAAUGAUCAUCGGCCAAGCCAUCUUCCAGCUGACCGCGACCCUCAUCCUGCACUUUGCCGGCAACGCCAUCUUUGGCUACGAUGCCAACAACGAAGACCAUCAGCUCGAGCUCGAUUCCAUGCUCUUCAACACGUUUGUGUGGAUGCAGAUCUUCAACGAGUUCAACAACCGCCGCCUUGAUAACAAGUUCAACAUCUUUGAGGGCGUGCACCGCAACUACUUCUUCAUCGUCAUCAACUGCAUCAUGGUCGGCGCCCAGGUCGCCAUCAUCUUUGUCGGCGGCAAGGCAUUCCGCAUCACAUCCGGCGGCAUCAGCGGCGAGCACUGGGCCGUGUCCAUUGUCCUCGCUUCCCUCUCCCUCCCCAUGGCCGUCCUCAUCCGUCUGUUCCCCGACGCUUGGUUCGAAAAGAUUGCAAAGACCGUCGGCAGACCCGUCGUCAUCGUCUACCGCGCCCUCGGCAGGUUCUUCACCACCAUCGGUGCCGCCUUACGCCGCAAGAAGACUCCCGAGGUCGACGCCGUAUCCGAGGAUGCGGGCGUUUCUUCGGGUUCCGACGAUGCCAAGGUUGCUGCACCGGAGAUUGUCAUCUCCACGCAGCCUGAAGAGACCACCAACACUAGAGAUGUUGAGAAAGCCCAGUGA